AAUUAAAAAUUCUUAUAAUAGAUCCAAAAUAGACAGCGCUCAAUAUUUUCUCGUUUUUAAAUACCGAAACUGAUUACCAGCUACGUGUAUAGCACUACAACGCUAUUUCAAUCGAAAAUAUUAUUCGUGUUUAAAUUGAAAAUUUAUCUUUGUAAUAAAUGUUAUUUCUAAAUAUAUACCACCAGAAUGAGAUGGAAAAUAAAUUUAAAACAUCGUAUGAACAGGUGAAAAAGUUUUCAAGGCGUCCUCCCGACAAGGACCUAUUGGAACUACAUUCUCUUUAUAAGCAAGCUACUAUUGGAAAUGUCAAUAUUCCAAUGCCUUCAACUCCUGACGGCAAGAGAUUGUGGGAAGCUUGGAGUACCAAAAAAGGAGUUACGCAAAGCGAAGCAAAAGAAAAGUACAUAGCCAAAGUGAAGAUUUUAGCUGUCACUUAUGCUUGAAUAAAUCCUCAGUAACAUUAAAUUUAUUCACUUCGCGCACAUUUGUUUUUGCUUCCAUAAAAUAUGUAAUGCUCUGUUGAUAAAUAAAAAUGCAUUGAAUGAAAA